AUGCCCGAAUUCAGCCUUUCCAACCCGACGCGCCCCAUCCACGUCGGCGUCAUCCUCAUGAACAGCACCACCGAGGCGCUCGACGUCGUGCCCGUCGACCUUCUCCACGGCGUCAGCCAAAAGUUCAUCGAGGACAUGCCGACGCUGAUCCCCGCGCCGCUGCAGACCCAGGGCCUGCCCAUCGAGUUCCACUGGGUCUCUGAGCACGGUCGCCAAGACGUCCGCCAUCUGAGCAGCGGGCUCAACGUGACUCCCACCGACUCCUUUGCCGACUGCCCCCCGCUGGACAUUGUGCUUGUCGGCGCGCACCACCUCGAGUACGUGCUCUCGGCGGCCGAAGUGGGCUUUGUGCAGAAAGCGUACGCCGGGUGCGCGGCGUUUAUGACGGUCUGCGGGGGCGUGCAGGUCGCUGUUGAGGCAGGGCUUGUGGCGGGCAAGACGGUCACGGGCCCGCGGUUCAUGCUGGCGCGGUUCCGCGCCGCCGCGCCCGAGGCCGCCGCGUGGGUCGAGAAGCGCUUCGUGCAGGACGGCAAGCUCUGGACGAGCGGCGCGCUGCACAACGGCCUCGACAUGAUGGCCGCGUUUAUGCGCCAGACGUGGCCGCGCAAGGAGGGCGAGGGCCCGACGCUGGUCGAUUUCGGACUCGUCUUGGGCAGCGGCCUGGACAGGGACAUUGACUACAAGGACGAGCCGCAGCUCGAGAUUCCGGUAGCGUAG